AUGCCAGUUUUAUAUCACUUGACGUUAAAGAGACCAACCGGAAUAACUCAAGCGGUUCAGGGCAGUUUUUCAGCUCCAAAAGCUCAGGAAAUUGUGGUUGCACGUUCUCACAUCCUAGAACUUUUAUCUCCAGAUAGCAAUGGGAAGCUCCAGAGCAUUUGCGUCUGUGAUGUCUUUGGGAUCGUCCGGACCAUGUCCACUUUUUGUCUCACUGGAACUCAACGCGACUAUCUAGUCGUUGGAUCUGACAGUGGAAGACUCGUUGUACUCGAAUUUUGCGCAGUCAGCCGCUCAUUUAAACGCAUUCACUGUGAAACAUUUGGUAAAACUGGAAUAAGAAGAAUAGUUCCAGGUCAAUACUUGGCGGUGGAUCCCAAGGGAAGAGCAGUGAUUAUUGGAGCUGUCGAGCGUCAAAAGUUUGUUUACAUUCUCAACCGCGAUGCCAAGGCAAAUUUGACGAUAAGUUCGCCUCUAGAGGCCCACAAGAGCCACUCUAUUUGCUUUGAUCUAGUGGGACUAGAUGUGGGAUUUGAGAAUCCUGUUUUUGCAUCCAUUGAGCAGAGUUACGAGGCUGUAGAUGCCCUCCAAAUUGACUUGGAUGAGGAGCUUACAGAUGAUGCACUACGCAAGGGUGUUAGUUUCUGGGAGCUGGAUCUCGGUCUUAACCAUGUCGUAAAAAAGGUUACGUUGCCAAUUGAUUUGUCCGCACAUUUGCUUAUACCGGUGCCAGGAGGAGAUGGACCCGGAGGAGUUGUCGUCUGCUGCGAAAACUUUUUAGUCUACAAGAAUGUAGAGCACGCAGAAGUCGCUUGUGCGUAUCCUAGGAGACUUGAAAUGCCGCAGGAAAAGUCUCUGAUUAUCGUAGCCUAUGCAGUGCAUAGGAUGAAGGAUUUCUUUUUUAUCCUCAUACAGUCUGAAUUUGGAGAUGUUUACAAGGUUGAACUAACAUAUGAGGAAGGUGUUGUAAAGGAAAUUGUUUGCCGCUACUUUGAUACAGUCCCAGUUAGUGUAUCUCUUUGUAUUUUAAGGUCGGGUUAUCUCUUUGUAGCAUCAGAAUUUGGAAACCACCACCUGUACCAGUUUACAGGUCUAGGUACAGAUGAACGUGAUCCUCUAUGCACUUCCCUACAUCCUCACGGCCGUUCAGCUAUCAUUGCCUUUAAGCCGCGCGCCCUGCAAAAUCUCCAGCUGGUUGAUGAACUCAGUUCCCUGUCAGCAAUAACCGAUAUGAAGGUGGCAGAUAUACAGGGGUUGGGGCAACAUCAAAUCUUCCUAGGGUGUGGAAGGGGAUCUAGAAGCUCCCUAAGAGUUUUAAGGUACGGAAUUGCAAUUGAAGGAUUAGCAUCCAGUGAACUUCCUGGCAGACCAAAAUCUGUAUGGACUGUGAGGUCUAGUUUUGAGAGUGCAUAUGAUGGCUUCAUCAUUGUUGGUUUUGAGGGUAACACUUUAGUUCUUUCGGUUGGUGAGGCAGUUGAAGAAGUUACAGAUUCUUGUUUCUUGACCUCUAUAACUACUCUCCAUGUGGCACUAAUGGGUGAUGGUUCAUUCAUCCAAGUUCAUGAUGCCGGUAUUAGACAUGUUUAUGACCAGCGUGUCAAGGAAUGGCGUGCUCCAAGCAGUAAGAGAGUAAAAGUGGCAGCCUCUAAUGAUAGACAAGUAAUUCUAGGUCUAUCUGGAGGUGAUGUCAUAUAUUUUGAAAUUGAUGAUUCUGGCAAUUUGGUAGAGUAUGCCAAAAAAAGCUUGUCUGUAGAAAUUUCGUGUUUGGAUCUACAACCUACUCCAAAGGGUAGGAUUCUCGCGAACUUUAUGGCUAUUGGUACGCUUGACAACUCUGUGAGAGUGCUCACACUUGAUAAGAGCCUAAAGGUUGUAUCUACUCAAAUCUUGAGCAACAAUUCGACUCCAGAGUCUGUUUGUAUCUCAGAAUUUGCUGUUGGAGAUUCAUCUCUUGUUUAUCUACAUGUUGGACUAAAUACUGGUGUGAUGUUGAGAUCCACCGUUGAUCCAAUUUCUGGUGCUUUAAGCGAUCAAGAGAGUAGGUUUUUGGGUGGAAGGGCUGUAAAGUUCAGACGAGUCUCUUUGGGAUCUUCGUUUGCAAUUGUUGCCCUUUCUGAUAAACCUUGGUUAAUUUAUACUCACAGGGGGAUCUUGCUUGUUUCUCCCAUAAAUGUAGGCACACUAGAAAGUGCGGAUAGUCUUAUAUCACCAAUUUGCCCAGAUGGAUUUGUUGCAGUUUCAGGGAAUACUCUGAGAAUUUUCAGGUGUACAAGUCUGGGUGAAACUUUUGCGGAAUCGCAACUCCCACUCACAUAUACACCAAGGAAAUUGGUUCUUAUGCCAUCUGAGGCUCCCUCCGUGGGCUCAUUGAAUUACAUGCUUGCGAUCGUAGAGAGUGAUCAUGCAAGAUACAACGAAGACCAAUCGCUAGAAAUUAAAAAUGUGCAUGCUGGUAUCGAGCUUCCCAGUGACUACUGCGAAAGCUUAGACUAUACUGACUUUAAGGCAGAGCCUGGUAAAUGGGGAUCAUGUUUGAGAAUUGUCAAUCCACUAACAUUGGAGACAGUUGCAAAAUUGCUAUUUGAAACUGAUGAGGCUGCCAUGUGCGCCCAAGUUGUAGUUCUGGAUGGUAUUCAGUGUCUUGUUGUUGGUACUGCCAUUGGCAUGAAUCUAAAAGGAGAUCCUGACUCUGUAUCUGGCUAUCUUCGCGUUUACGCCUACGGGGCAAACUAUGAGAUUAGACUGUUGCAUGCAACACCAAUCACUGGUGUACCGAGAGCCCUUGCAGGAUAUGAAGGAAAGCUUAUUUGUGCUCUUGGUUCACGCCUGAGACUAUAUGCACUUGGCAAACGCCAACUUUUGUUGAAGGCCGAACACAGAACAUGUACAGAUCAUGGAUUCAUUUGGAUUUCUGUAUGUGGAAGCAGAAUAUUCGCUGGUGAUAUUAGAGAGGGAUUCCAACUCCUCAGGCUCAGGUUUUAUGCAGAAGAUGCUGCAGAAUUUGAGUGGAUUGGUCAUUCCACCGGUCCCAGAUGGUUAUCAUGCUGUGAACAGCUAGACUAUCAUACUGUCAUUGGUGGUGACAAGUUUGACAGUUUAUUUAUCGCUAGAGUGCCACAAGAAGAGUUUACAAAGGCUACUCAAUUUGAAAAUCACGCCCAAUUCCACCUUGGAGAUCUUCCAACUGCAAUCUCCAAGGUAUCCUUCAACAAUAUGUCGCAACCAAUUGUUAUUUACUCCACAAUCCUUGGUUCAAUUGGAGCAUUUAUACCAUAUGCAAACAAGGAUGAGUUGGAUUUAAUGCAACAUUUGGAAAUGAUCAUGGCAAAUGAACACCCACCACUCUGUGGAAGAGAACACGCGUUCUUUAGAAGCUACUAUUAUCCAGUUCAAAAUAUCGUAGACGGAGACCUUUGCGAACAGGUAAAGACGUUGCCAGAAGCUGUACAGCGAAAGAUUGCAACACAACUCGACACUAAUGUUCACACAUUACUCAGAAAGGUUGAUGAUGUGAGAAACAGAAUCUUGUAA